CCCACCGAGCAGAGCAAGCGGGCAGGCAGGCGAGCCCGCAGCCCGCAGCCCGCAGCCCGCAGCCCCGAGCCGGGAGGCCGUCGCUGUGAGCUCGCCAGGGCCGCAGCGGGGCGAGGGGUGCGCGGGGCGUUGGCACCCGGCUGCGCGCCUGCGUCGCGGACUUGGAUGCAGCGAGGACUCUAAUGCUCCUGGUGCGCUCGACGCGAGCCAUUCAACAGCUGGCCUCGCGGACAACAGUCGCAGGGAGCGACUGGGAGUGUGGACUGUGGCUACUGCUGCAGCUGGAGAGGGGCGGCGGCGGCGGCAGUGGCGGUGGUGGUGGCAAACCCGCUAUCCCAGAGGAGCCCAGAGUGGAGACGCAACGGCUCCUGAGUCUCCCGGUGGUCUGAGGAUACCAUGACAGUCACAGUGGUAUAUGAUAACUCUGAGGCAACAGAGCUCUGUGCAGCUCAGCACCUCUACCUCAAGCCCAUAGCAAAACUGAUGAUCAGUGUAUUGCUCCCAGAAAGUAUGGAUCCUGUGAGGCCCUUCUCUAACUGGGAAGUUCUUGACCAGCUAAAGAGCCUGAUUUGCCCUGACCAGUUCACCACAGUUCGGCUCUCCAAGAGUACAAAAGACUUUAUCCGAUUUGAGGGUGAGGCUGAAACCAGAAGUUUGGUUCAAAUCCUAAAGGCAAAGUUACAUGGGAAGAUCAUCAAGCUAAAUGGUUUGAAAACAGACUUAAAAGUAGUGGCUACAGAUGCCUUGGGAGAGUGGGAACACUUCCCCAGGGAAAAAGAAGCCUCACUGAGUGAUGGGGCUGAAGAGCAGGACCACGAUAAGAGCCCAGAUUCCAUAUAUUUUGAAGGCUUGCCCUGUAAAUGGUUUGCACCAAAAGGUUCCAGUGGGGAGAAGCCAUGUGAAGAGAUUGUUCGGGUAGUCUUUGAAAGUUUCGGGAAGAUCAAGAAUGUGGAUAUCCCCAUGCUUGACCCCUACAGAGAAGUGAUGACUGGUGGGAGCAUUGGGGGGUUUAGCUUUGGCUUGCAGACAUUUGAGGCCUUUAUACAGUACCAGGAGUCAACGGACUUUAUUAAAGCCAUGGAGUCCCUUCGAGGAAUGAAGCUGAUGCUUAAAGGAGAUGAUGGGAAAGCUCUGGCAUGUAACAUUAAGGUUAUGUUUGACACAACCAAACACUUCAGUGAAGGAGCUGUAAAGAGGAGAAAUCAGGAAAGGCUAAAAUUACAAGAGCUGGAAGAAGAAAGGAAAAAAGAAAAGAGAAGAGAAGAGGAAGUGGCUGAAAGAAAAAGAAAAGAUGAGGAGAGGAAAGCCCAGGAAAAGAGGAAGAAGGCCAGGGUCAGGAGACGAGCCCUGAAGGAGAGGGACAGCCACAGGCCAAGGAAGCAGAAGGUGAAGGCCAAAGCUGAGGCACCUGAGGAGCCGGACUCUUCAGAAGAAUGGGAGAAGAGGAAGCACCUGCUGGCUCAGAGGAGGGUUGAGGCCCUUCGAUUGCUACAGGUUCUUCUGAGGAAAAUUUCGGGAUCAGCACAAUUUAACCCACAGGAGGUCAAUGCUACAGGACCCGAAGCUAUUUAUACUUCAGGGAACACACUGGAAAUUCUGGAGGAAGAAGAGUUCAACACUCAGCAUCUUCCAAAUCAAGAAGAAAUGCCAAAGUACCAGGUUGCCAAGUCAGACAAUAAACACACACAAAAAAUAAAGAAACGAAAUAGGGCUCGCUUACAUCAAUUUUCCCACUGCCUUCGGGGAAAAAAAUUAAGAUAUUCAACUAGAAGAGAGAGGACUGCAGAAUCAUUAAAUGAUGGAUACAGUUUUGUCUCUGACCAGAAUUCCUUAAAAAUUACAAUGAUUCAAGGUCAGUCUCUUGAAAAAGAAGACCACCACAGUUCUAAUAAAUCCUAUUCUUCAAGAUUCUCUGAGAGAGACCAUGGCAAGAAAGAGAAGAUCUAUGACACAGAUGAAUUUAUUAACUAUCUAUUAAACUAUUAUCAGACUCCAAAAUAUGCCCGGCUCUGCCUACAACCAAGUCACACAACGAGCACAUGUCAGUGGCAGAGGGACGUUCAUGUUAAGGGAAAUGGAUUUCAGAUAAAUUUGAGAAAAUGCAGGCAUGACCCAAUCAAUUUAAGCCAAAUAGAAAACCUGGAAAGGAGAGAACAGGUUCAGGAAGAUGAUUACUGGUCAGAAGUAGGUACUCAGGAUCCUGAAGAUAAACCACAAAACAGGAGGAAAGUGGAUUAUACCAAAGAGUGCACUAAGAGACUUAACAAUGAUUGCAAGGAUACAGCCAGUGAAACUGGUGAUCAACUGUCUCCAACUGAUGGAAAAAGUUAUCUCUUGGAAAAGACUCAUGCUGACCAGGUCCAAGAUUCCAAAUCCAAAAGGAAAAGUCAAGAUUCUUCACCCUCUAGGUCAGUAGGCUUAGAUGUGCAGUUGACAGAUUUUUUAGAGGAAAUUAGUAGUGAUUCUGAAUGCUUCAGUGAAACUCUUAGUGUGAAAGAACAGGAGAAAGAGAAAUCUGUGACCAUAUACCAUAGCUUCCCCCAAAAAGGAGCUCUUGAUACAGAUGAAGUCAUUACUUGUGAACGAAAAACUAGGUCAGGUCAGCAGACCUUGCAUUCAGAGCGGAAACGAGAUGGUGAGGAAAAAUACUCUAAACACAAACUUAAGACACCAGGCAAGAGGUCUAGGAAUGAAUCAAAAUGUUCAUGGCUCGAGGAUGAAAGCAAUUCCAUUAGUGAUGAGAAGAACAGCAGCAAAAAAAGGAGAAAAAUGGCCCCCAAUUACUUGUUUGAUGAAAGCUACUACCAUGAAUCCAGUUCCAGUGAUCAAUUAGAGGACAUCACAAGGAAGAGGAGGGUUAGCAGGAGUGCUUUGGACCAGAAUGUGAACUAUAGAACCUCUCACGUGCCAAUAACAUCAAAAAGUGCUAAUGCUUUCUAUUUGGGAUAUUUUCCCAAAAGAAGAGUGAGUCCUUGGAAGGCAGACUAUAACCAGGAUGCAAGAAGGCUUAAAAGACAUGAGAAUUCUAAAGAUCUCAUAUUCAGUUCUGAUAAUUAUUAUUUUAGACAUACUAGUCAGGAGCACAUUGACUAUCGAAACUAUUUAGGAAACAACUACACUAGUUCUUUAUAUUUUCAAAUGUUCUGAUGACUACUUUGAUCAGGAACACUCUUAUUUACAAUAAAUGAUUUGGAAAUAAGAAAAUUAAAAACCAAAUAUAACUAUGUAGUUAGUAACUACACAGCAAGAGCUUGAGCAGGGUCAAAUGCAAAACCUUGUUUCUCUUGCCAAAGUGUUAAACAUAGAUCAAAAUGACUGCAGGUGUGUUGGCAAGCUUUGGAAAUAUAAAACCUCUGAAUCCUGAAGCUUGAUAAAGCAAUGUGCUUGCAAAUCUUCAUGAUUUAAAAAUAUUUCUUUUCUUUUCUUCUUUUUCUAGUGCUGGGGAUUGAACCCAGGGCUUUAGUGUUUGCAAGGCAAGCACUCUACCAACUGAGCUAU